UCUGAAUUUGGAAAUGGAUCUUGUCCUGAAGACUUCAGGUCAGCAGGUGUUCGAGGAGCAAUGUAUUUAUUCAUGCUCAUGGCUAUCAUCAUCACUGUCACUGGGAAUCUGGCUAUAAUAAUUUCAAUCUCAUAUUUUAAGCAGCUGCACUCUCCAACCAAUUUCAUGAUUCUGUCAAUGGCAGUCACAGACUUUCUUCUGGGAUUUGCCAUUAUGCCUUACAGCAUGAUCAGGUCCGUGGAGAACUGCUGGUAUUUUGGCAUCACCUUCUGCAAAGUCCACUACAGCUUUGACCUCAUGCUCUGUUUAGUUUCCAUCUUCCAUCUCUGUUGCAUUGCCAUUGAUCGCUUUUAUGCUAUCUGUCACCCUUUGCAUUAUUCAAGCAAAAUGACUUUUUCGGUGAUAAGAGGGUUUCUAGCAGUUUGUUGGUCAGUGCCAGCUGCUUUUGCUUUUGGGGUGGUUUUCUCAAAAGCAUAUGCUUCUGGAAUAGAGGGCUAUGAGAUACUAGUAGAAUGUUCUAGUUCCUGCCCAGUUAUGUUCAACAAAUUAUGGGGAACAAUUUUAUUUACUUUUGGUUUGUUUGUUCCUGGCUGUGUUAUGACAGGAAUAUAUGUCAAAAUUUUUGCAGUGUCCAAAAAACAUGCCCAUUUUAUGAACAAUGUGCCUGAAAAAGAAAAUGAUAAAAAGCAAAAUCAACUUUCCAAGAAUAAAGACAGAAAAGCAGCUAAGACUUUGAGUAUAGUUAUGGGGGUUUUCCUGAUAUGCUGGUUUCCUUGUUUCGUUACCAUUUUAGUUGACCCAUUUUUAAAAUUUUCUACUCCUGCUGUAUUGUUUGAUGCCCUAACAUGGUUUGGCUAUUUUAAUUCCACCUGUAAUCCAUUAAUAUAUGGUUUUUUCUACCCAUGGUUUCGUAAAGCACUAAGGCAUAUUCUGUUGGGUAAAAUAUUCCAGCCACAUUUCUAUACCACUAAUCUGUUUCUUCAAAACCAAUAG